AUGGAGAAUCACGUCGAUGAAAUCAAACCCAAGGCUGAAAUCGAGGAGUAUAUUGAAGAUGGCCAAUCAAGGAAUGAUGUUGAAUUCAAGAAAAAAGAAGCCCAAUUGAGGCGGAAACUUGAUCUUUACAUUGCUCCAGUGAUGAUGCUACUCAUGCUCAUCAGCUAUCUUGACAGAGGCAAUAUCGGAUUUGCUGCCACACAAGGGAUGUCAGACGACAUUGGUCUGAAAGGAAACCAGCUCAAUACUGCUGUUUCCAUCUUCUACAUCUUCUACGUCUUGGCGGAAUUCCCUACCUCGAUCUUUGUCAAACGUCUCCAGUUCAACAGGGUAAUUCCCGUCAUUACCUUUUGCUGGGGUCUUGUUUGCCUAUGUAUGGGAUUCAUACAAAAUUUUGCUGGACUUUGUGUCUGUCGACUUUUGCUCGGAUUCUUUGAAGGUUGUCUUUUUCCUUCUAUGACUCUUCUGCUGGCCAAUUGGUACAAGCGUGAAGAGUUGGCUCAAAGGAUAUCUUAUCUCUUCAUUGCAUCUGCUCUCUCCGGUGCCUUUGGCGGUCUCAUUGCGUUCGGUAUACUCUACAUGGAUGGAGUGGCUGACUACCCUGGGUGGAGAUGGCUUUACAUUUUGGAAGGACUAAUCACGCUUGUCUGGGCUGCGAUGUGUGUCUUUCUCGUCCCCAAAAACUACCAAACGGCCUACUUUCUAGACGAUAAAGACAAGAAGAUCAUGGCGGUUCGCGCCGAGAUGUCCGAGUCCUACUCUGGUGGUGACGGUCACUACAAGAUGAAAGAUGUCAAACUUGCCUGGAAAGAUAUCAAAACUUGGCUCCACGGCUUCAGUCAGAUUGCCGUCGUCACAAUUCUCUACGGUUUCGGUACAUUUUUGCCCAUCAUUUUGAAGAACGGCUUCAAUUAUUCCACCAAACAAGCUCAGUAUCUGGUCAUCCCAGUCAACCUCUGGGGUGCCAUUGUGUACGCUGUUGGAGCUGUGAUCUCCGACAAAUAUCACAAGCGCUUCAUGGUGAUGGUUGUUUGUGCCCCGAUUGGUAUUGCCGGCUAUGCCAUCCUCCUCACGACUGUACCUGUCGGUGUCCAAUAUUUUGCGACAUAUCUCAUCGCUACGGCUUGUUUCCUCUGCACUGGAGGCAACAUUGCCUGGUUGUCUGGGAAUGUUGCCCCUGACGGGAAAAGAGCUGCAAGUUUGGGGACCCAAUUGACUCUUACCAACAUUGGAGGGAUCAUUUCCGGACAGAUUUAUGCUUCAAACUCUGCUCCAGAAUUCACGCUGGGCCAUUCCUGGUCGCUGGGAAGCUUGUCGUUUGCCUUCAUUGUAUUCAACAUUCUGAGAAUCAUCUACAAGAGAAGGGAGGCCUGGAAAGAAAGAGCCCGAGCAGAAGGAAUUGUGGUCCCGCCCGAGGAAUUCACAGAUCAUGCAAAUCCUCCCCUCGAAAACAAAACUCUCUUCCAGUCAUUUGAGUGGUAUCUCCCCGCUCCAUCCACCACCCACUCCCACCCGAGCUCAAGUCAUUAUUCUCUUCUCACCAUACUGCUCCCGCACCUCUCUGCCCUUGGCAUCUCACAUAUCUGGUUACCACCCGGUUGCAAAGCUACCUCAGUCCAUGACAAUGGGUAUGGAAUCUACGACCUGUGGGAUCUAGGGGAAUUUGACGCGAAGAAAAACGGCAAGGGAGUCCGCACAAAAUGGGGAAGUAGAGAAGAGCUGGAGGAGUUCUGCGCGAAAGCCAGGGAGUAUGGCAUUGGCGUUUUGUGGGAUGCGGUACUGAAUCACAAGGCCGCCGCCGAUGGGAAAGAAGCAAGCUGGGGGGUCAAGGUCGAUUCCAAUGACCGAACUAAACACAUCUCCAAACCCUACGAACUCGAGACAUGGACGAAAUUCACUUUCCCCGGUCGCGGAACAAAACACUCUGAAAUGAAGUAUGACUGGACUCAUUUCUCAGGUGUAGACUAUGACUCUCGCAAGAAAGAGCAUGGCGUGUUCAAGUUCGUGGGCCAUGGGAAGCGGAGCGAGUGGGCUAGCGAUGUUAGCAAGGAACUUGGGAAUUAUGAUUAUUUAAUGUUCGCAGAUCUUGAUCAUUCGCAUCCGUCCGUCAGAUCGGAUAUAUUGCGCUGGGGAUCUUGGAUAUCAUCUACGCUGAAUCUAAGCGGCAUGCGCCUGGAUGCGAUAAAACACUACUCGCUCUCCUUUUUGGCCGACUUUCUCUCCCAUCUUGAUGCGAAUGCGCCGAAAGGCAAAGAGAUGUUCUUUGUCGGUGAAUAUUGGGAUACCGACUCGGAAACGCUGGAGAGGAUCAUCAAGCAAUUUCAUGGAAGGUUGAAUCUGUUCGAUGUCCAGUUGGUGUAUACCUUCUGUGAUUUCUCAAAGGAUCGAAAGUGGGACUUGAGGACAGUAUUUGAUGGCUCUCUGGUUCAGAAGAAUCCUGCUCAUGCUGUGACUUUUGUGGCAAAUCAUGAUACGCAAGAAACUCAGUCUCUGGCCGCUCCAGUUGACGAGUGGUUCAUCCCGCUAGCAUACUGUCUAAUUCUUCUCCGAGACAAUGGUGGAACCCCUUGCGUCUUUUGGGGUGACAUUUUUGGCAAUCACGGGCCCCGACCACGACUCCCAGCUUGUGGAGGAAAACUCGCACGUCUGAUUGCGGCAAGGAAGCAUUUCGCGUAUGGUCCGCAGAGAGAUUACCUUGACGAGGAAGACUGCAUCGGCUGGACGAGGCUGGGCCGCAAAUCUAAAUCGAGCGGGGCCGGCCUUGCUGUCAUCUUGACAAACAGCUGGGAUCGCAAGUAUAAGAAGAUGUUUGUGGGACAUAGACACGCCGGGGAGAAGUGGAGGGAUGUGUUGGGUUGGGAAGAUAGGGAAGUUACCAUUGACUCUCGAGGAUUUGGAAUUUUUCCCGUCGGUCAUCGCUCUGCUGGCGUCUGGACUGACGAGAAGUCUCCCGAUUUCGAGAAGGUCAGUACUUUUACUUUUCCGAGAAUGGGAAAUACUGCGUCGCGUGUCCCGAGCUCGUCUGGAUGA